ACAUAACCUCAGACGGGAGUUGUCAAUUUGCAAGCAAAAUAUACCACAUGACUUCACCUUCGACUCAUCAUGCAUACACAACACCUAUCUACCGAGCUAGCUCCAGGCUAUAUAUACCCCAGUUUCCGCACAUUGGGAUUAUCAUCAUUUUCCGAAAAACAUAAUAAUCAAUCAAGUUUCUGUAGCAUUCGUUUUUCAGCCAAUGGAGAUUGAAAUUGAAGUGAUCUCCAAAGAAAUCAUCAAGCCCUCUUCUCCAACCCCUGAAUCACUGCGAAAACACCAGCUUUCGUUUCUUGAUCAGAUUGCCCCUCCUGCUUUCAUGCCCGUGCUUUACUUCUAUCAAGCGGAUGCCAAAUUUUCCAACCUCAAAAAAUCGAACAAUUUAAAGAAAUCUUUAUCUCAGGUCCUGUCAAGAUUCUAUCCCCUGGCAGGCCGCCUUGUCGAUGAUCUAUAUGUCGACUGCAACGACGAAGGGGCGCCCUACGUCGAGGCCGUAGCUAAUUGCACUCUUUCACAAAUAAUCACGAAUCCAGUCAUGAAGAACAUGGACAAAUUUCUACCCUACAAGGUGGACGAAUACGUGCAAAAUCUUUGCAUGGCUGUUCAAGUUACUUAUUUCCAGUGCGGUGGGACUGCAGUUGGGCUUGUCAUAUCGCACAAGAUUGCUGAUGGAUCAUCGUUCGUCCCGGUGGCAAACACGUGGGCUGCCGUCGCACGAAACGGGAACUAUGAUGACGUGCCAGCUCCCAAGUUUGAGGGGGCCAAGAUUUUCCCGCCACAGGAUGCUACCGGGUUCAAGCCGCCUAGUAGUACAGGAAUUGUGAAAGAAGCAGUCAUCACGAAAAUCUUUACGUUCCCUGCCUCCAAAAUCUCCGCCCUCCAGGAAAGGUACUCCAGCGGGGCCGCGGAGUUCCUGCAGCGGCCGCCAAGCCGGGUGGAGGCCCUGUCAGCUUUUAUAUGGACCCGGUUCGUAUCCGCCACGGAAAUGAAAGCAAACCCGAACAAGAUCUACACCGUACGCCAUACAGUAAACCUUAGGCCCCGCCUGAAUCCGCCGCUAUCUGAUUACCAUUUCGGCAACAUAUUCUGGGUGGCAGUAGCCAUGCCAUCCGUGGGAGCCAACUGCGGCGUCGAGGUAAUGCAGAAAGUAAAGGAAGCCAUAAGAGCCGUGAACGGAGAAAACGUGGCUCAGCUGCUGCAGGGGGGUGAGACUUUGAAUUUCCUUAAAGAGAAAAUGGCUUACGCCAAUAGAGGCGAGCUGGUGAGGUUUACCUUCACAAGCUUGCAUAAGUUUCCGUUGUACAAAGCGGACUUCGGGUGGGGCAAGCCGGUUUGGGUGGUGACGUUGGCCGGGCUGUUGGACAAGAAUUUGGUCGUUUUAGUGGAUACAGCGACGGGGGAUGGAAUAGAGGCACGGAUUAAUUUGAGUAAAGAGGAUAUGGAGAAGUUUGAAGCUGAUUUAGAGUUGCAAGAGUUUCUUUCGAAGUCCAAAACUUUUGGAAUUCACAACUCGCGAUUGUAGCUGGAUUUCAUGCGUGUUGAUGAAUAUUAUUGGAACGUUUGCAAUAGUUGUACACGGCAGUUCGAACUCAAAUGGGGAUUGAUUAGAUCUGAACUAAUUAUAUGGCAAGUGCAAUACACUUUUACGUGUGAUUUGUGUAUAGUUCGAAAAAUGACAAAUCAGAUGAUACUUACUUUAUGAUUAAUUUAAUUCAGUCAA